ACCUGUACACGUCUUGCGCGCUCAUCGCAGUCGCCGUGAUAUUGUUUUCGACUGGUUUAGUCGUCAACCAGAACGUCUACAAACAACAUCAACAUGAUAUUGCAGGUAUCGUCAGUAUGCGUAUUACUUUUUAUCGCCAUUUCUUGUUUGGCGGAUCAACAACCGGAGUUGGACUCAUCCAGUCCGCUGGACGCUUCGUCCAUAAAUGACCUGGCCAAAAGGCCGGUGAAACUGGAUCCAAAGUUGCGGAAAGCUUUGCUCAAAGUGCUCACCCGUCUGGACGAAGAGGACAAGGCGAUCGAAACCGAGUCGCAACAGCAGCAGCAUCGUGUACUGCAGGAACAACUACAGCAACAGCAAUAUGAGCAGCAACAGCAACUGCGGGAGCAACAGCAACUGCGAGAGCAACAACAACUACGGGAGCAACAGCAAUUGCAGGAGCAACAACAACUGCGGGAGCAACAGCAACUGCGGGAACAGCAGAAACUGCGUGAACGGCAACAGUUGCAAGAGCAGCAGCAACAGUUGCUAGAGCAGCAGCAACAAGUGCGGCAGCUGCAACAACAGCAACUGCAGCAGCAACAGCAGCUGAAACAGCGACAGGAUCAGGACGGGAAACAGCGGCAACAGCAGGAACAACAGCAGCAGCAGCAAAGGCAACGGUUGGAGCAAGCGCAACGGGAACAGCCGCAACAGUCGGAAUAUCCACAGCAGUCGGAACAGAAGCGGACCUACACGGCGCCGUCACCGAUGCUGUUGCCCACUCCGAAUCCGUUGGAUGUACCGGCGUACUCUGCGGCCGUAAACUCCUUCAAGUCCGUCGCGUCCAGCACGUCGUCAUCGCCCACCCGCAGCUCGCUCGAACCCGUGGAGAUAUCGCCCGUAGCCAACGAGACCACUUCGUCCACCACUACCGGUACCGAGGUGGACUUUUUCAAAGCUCCAUUGUUGACCGCAUUCACGUUGCAACAGGACUCGGACGGCGUGUCGCAGCGCGUGAUUCCCAUCCCCGCGGAUCCCGAGCAACUGGAGCUCCAGAAAAUACUGGCGCUGGAGAACAAAGCGGAAGCCGACGGCGGCGAGCGGAAUGCUGUGGAGCCGGACAAGAAGCAACUGGAACUGCUGAAUAAAGCUGAACUGGCGAAGCUCAAGUCGCAGUUGAUACCGUUGGACGGGCUAAAACGGGAGGCGUUUGCGCUACAGGAGCAGCUGAAAUUCGGACAGAAACUGCAAGAACACCAACGGCAAAGGGCAUUCCUGCAGCAGCAGCAACAACAACAACAACAACAACAGAUCCAACGGCAACAGGAACAGUUGCAGCAGCAGCAGCAGCAGAGGGCCUUUCAACAACAGUUCAUACUGGGAGCGCAACCGCAACGACUGCAACAACAGCAUCAGCAACAGCAAUUUCAACUGCAACCGCAACAAAUACAACAGGUAAGAUUAAACCAAUUGCAACAGCAACAGUUCCAACCGGUGCCGUCCAUCCAACUGCAACCGCAACCGAUCCAAGUGCAACGGUUACCGUUCCAACAAGUGCCGUCCGUUCAACUGCAACCACAACCGGUUCAAUUUCAACCGGAACCGCAACCGAUCCAACUGCAACCGGUACAAUUCCAACAACAACAAAGGCUGCCACAGUUCGGUCCGUUUUUGCCGGGACAGCAAUUCGUCCAACAACAGACGCGAGUGCUCAGGCAACCGCAUCAACAGACGUUCGGUUACGGAUCAGUGCCCCGAUUGCCCGGCGACUUGGACGUGGUUUACAAAGUAUUAGCGUUGAACCAUGAAGGAAGAGGCUCCGAGCACACGCAAGUUAGGCCACAGAAACAGCUUUUAUUGUAAACGUGAUGAAUAUGUAUUAUUAUUAUUAUUAUUAUUGUUAUUAUUUUCUAAUGUUAUAGUUGUAGUUUAAAGUGUAAAACCACUACGAAAACCUAACGAGAACCUAAGAAUAUUUUUUAAUUUUUUUUCUAUAUUACUUUACAUGAAAUCACACGAUAAACGUUUUCAACUGAUAUCAAAUCAUCGUUAUUUAACUAAGAUAUAUUUAUAUUAAUUAGGACGUAUAUUAAACACCAUCGAACGAUAAAAAUUUUAAUGCCGUCUGUGUAACCGUUUUUGUUGUUGUUGUACACGGUGUAAUUAUUUUGUACGGGCAUUAUUUUCAAUAAUCAGAUAUUUGUUUUUUCGGCACAAAUCGUACGCAAUUUAGUAUAUUAUUCCCAACCGUUUAAUGUGCAGGUCAUCAUAUUUUGAAAUUGUACCUACUCGAUUUGUUAAGAUAAGUUAUCAAACUUACGGUAUUUACCUAGUGUAAGGUUUAUAUUUUUAUUUUUCGUUAACAUAUCUGCACAUGUGCGCAUAAUUAUUAUUAUUAAAUUAACCUUUACUGUAAUAUAUGUUAUUGAAUUUUUUAUUAUUAUCGUUAUCAUUAUUACAUGAACAUAUAAAGUGUUAUAAUACUUAUGAAUACCUAUGAGCUAUAUUAAUUUAUACACAAUUUAAAAAAGCUAACAUUUAAGUUUACAUUGUUUUAACGUAUUUGGAUUAGAAUUAUUUGAUAUGUAAUCAAGUCAAUAAGAUCGUAAUAAUUAUAAUUAUAGGUACCGUUUGUACGAUGUAAGGAAGUACCCAAGUGGAAGGGGGAGCUAAUUUUCAAAUCGGAGAACCCAGCGGUCCCCUUUGCGACGCUUUACGCGUCAUUUGUUGUAUAAUAACGGUGUAUAAAUAAUAUUUAUAAUAAUUCUAAUAUUUAUUAAAUAUUAUUUUAUAAGAAUUACAAGAACUCGGCUCAGUGUGUGUUACAAGAACGUUGUAUUAAAUAUGCAUAUCUUGUUUCAUAUUCACCGAAACAAUUAUUACAAAGCACAAUGGGAUCACCAAAAUGUGCCACCUAUAGGUGAGUGUCAACGGGCAGACAUAAAACCGUAAAUUCGCACGAAGCGGAAUCACCAAGAAACGAGAGAUGAAAAACAGGAGAUUACACACCGCAAAGAUUGACGAAGAAGGUGAACAAAUAACGAAACCGUUAAACAUUUUAUUCUACGGCUAUACUUAUAUAUUGAUGCGGUGAAAAAUAAGUGUAGAAAUAGUGACGAUGAGUGUAGAGAAAUCAUAAAUGCAAAACGAUUUUUCAGUAGCAUAAUAGACGAAUUGAAAUUACUACUAUAUUAGAAAGCGUCCGCUGAAUGUUUGCACGCCGAUAUAAAUUAUUAACGAUGCUGAGUUCUAGUGGUCUUGUAUAAUUCUCUGUUUGCUCAGAACAUUGCUGAGGUCAAGUAUUUUGAACUGUGAUGCGAAGAUUAUAUAAAACGCGUUUAUGACACCGUUUAGCUAAGCAACGGAUAGAUUUCUGAAUUUUGUACGGAUUACGGUUUUAAGAACACGAUUAUACGUUCGUAAAUAGACGAAAAAUGUAAAAAAAAAUCAAAUUAAACUCUUUUGUCGCUGUUCAACGUUCAAAAAUCAUCAUAAUAUUUAUAAAUAAUUAAGAUACAUAAUUAUAAUUGUUCUAAUGUCGACAAUAUUACAACUAGACUUUGGAUUAUAAUAAAUUUGAAUAAUUUUUCCAGAA